AUGGAGUUCUGGAAGGGACUCUUCGGCGGCAGCUCUGCGGCCAGGAAGGCAGCCCAAGCCAACGACCCGCAACAGCGUCUGGCACGCUUUAAGCAGCGGUACAACCAAGUCCUGCAAACAUGGCAAAAAUCAGAGUCGCUGGCCAACGACCGCGAGGCCCUGGGCAACAUCCGCCGUGGGUUCCAGGGCCUCACCAAGAUGAUCGAAGACGAAUCCCGCCUGCCCGCACCGCACCUCUGUCUUAGCUUCGCCGCUGCUCAGCAGAUAUACACGGCCGUCUCCAAGACCGCAGCGACGUCGCACGACGAGGGCAUGGUCCGCGAUGCCGUCCAGUUGUACAACGCCCUUAUCGAUAGCGAAGAGGAGGACUUUCUCGAAAAUGACGUAUUUGCGGUUUCGCUCAUGAACUUUAUCGGUCGUUCCAUCACUUCAAUAACGCUGGGUGAGGACAUAGAGGCCGAUAUCGUAGAGUUGUUGUUCGGGAUCGCGGCCAAGAUCAGACUACAGCCCGAGAUACUGCCUGUGUGGUUCACCACAGCAUCGGCCGACUCGAACGGGCGACUAGUGAAUCAGAAGGUCGAUUUCGCCGGUGUGACGCAGAAGGAAGACUUUCCGCUAUGUUACCAGCUCAUCGACAAGGUCCAUCACGAGGGUCGGAUAGGCGAGUUCGCGCGCAUGGGAUUGCUGUACAUCUUUGAGUCUGCUUCGAAGUCUUUACCCUUAGAGCAAUGGAUCGUGAACAGUGACCUUCCCACCCUCAUGGCUACCGGAUUGGGUGCAUUGUACAGUCAGCUUAGCAGACUGCUGUCCAUCCUGCACCCACCCGAAGGCAUGCCGCUUAUUCUGCAGCUCUCCGACUACUCGGAAAUGCGCGCCAAUCCCGAUGCGACGAGCUUGUUCUCCGACGACUUCCAAAGUCAUCUUGUGACCUUCUUGUCCUAUCUCACUUUCUGGCAGGAUGUGCUCGAACAUUGUCGGUCGACUGAUGUUAGGCACACUUUGAUCGACCAUUUCCAAGUCUUGUUCCUCCAGCAAUUACUGUAUCCGUAUAUUGUUCAGUCGUCGGAUGCUGACGGUGGCUCCUCCGUGGCCGUACUAACAUACCUACGGCGCAUUCUUGACGCACUGGAUAAUCCCGAACUUGUGCACAUGAUCCUCCAGUACCUUCUCGCUCUGCCUGAUUACUCUGCUGUUACUCCCCUGGACCCACGAUCACCGGCUGCUCUUAGACGGCGACAGUCACUGAUGCUGCUAAACGGACCAAAGCAGGAGGAUGAUAGCAUGUCUCCCUCUCUGUUCAACCUUGUCGAUCUAGUCUUGCAGAGCGCAGAGUCCCGCAAUGCACAGACUGUUAUUGCAGCCUUGAAGCUUACCACUGUUCUUAUAAGCAAGAACCAUGGAUAUGCGCUCGGCUCGUUGGUCAAGGUCACAAAUAUUCAUCAUAAAGAACCGCACCGGACAGUGGGCGCACUCAACACCGAGCUUGAGAUGUACUUGAACAUUGCCAUUGACCUUGCAGGCGAAGGUGGCGUCGAUGAAGCUUAUGAAAGCCAUCUGAAAGAUAAACUUAGUAUACUGGAAUCGCAUCCAUGCUCCCUCAAGGCUCUUGCGUUACCUUCAGCAUCUCUGCAAAGUCCUGCAUACUUCGAUGCCGAGAAUGGUCCAAGAGAAGUUGGUCCACAUCACCUAAUUCCAGAGGAUCCGCUUUUCAAGUCCCUCGUUGACCUUUUGUUGCGCUUCCUUACGAAUGACGUGGAGACGAACCUUGCGCUAACAGAGACCAUCAUAAGCCUCGGAUCCUGCAGCGAGUUGAGGUUGGAGGGGUGGCUAUCUGUGGAUCCGUCAAACUACAGAUUCUUGGACGAAGGAGUCGAUUACAAUGCCUUAUCGAACGACAAUCUACGCGACAUGUAUAAGGCUAGUCGCAGACCUGUCUGGGAUUCAACGGCAGCACCGCAACUGCUCGCAUGCCUCCAGCAGCUACAAGAACAGAUAAACGCACUGCGAGCCGACAUUCAGGACUGGGACGAGCACGUCGCAAGCCGCAAAGACGCCUUCCGUUUCCACGAGGAGAUGAACGAUGCCAUGCGCUCGUCAACGCCAUCUAAGCUCCCGCGCCCCUCGACUGAGACGCCAGCCGGAUCAUGGACUCCACAGAUACCCAAGACUCCGUCAAGAACACAGACACCCAGAGGACGGAAAGAAGGACUCGAUCUUCGCGGAACGCCGACUGCCUCCCCGGCGCCUUCUCGAUUAGGAAACGCACCUCUGGGGGGAAGUCCGUCGCGCGGCAUGUCACCACUACCAGCGCCUCAAGCAGGGAAACGCCAAACCACACUUAUGACUGAUAUCGAUGCGAACUUUUCGUCCAUCAAGAAAUCAGACUUUUUGAAGAGGCGGAUACGCUUCAGCCGGCCUGCAGGUUCGGACACGGUGGAGGUGAUGCUGUCGAAGUACCUGCCGCCGCCGAAGGACGAGGCUGAGGAUGGGGGCGCUGAAACAGAAAAAGACGAUGUUAGGGAGGCAAGCCUGCUGCAUAUCAUGACUAAUGUGGUGAUAUUGCAGGAGUUUGUCUUAGAGCUGGCUGCAUUGUUGCAGGUGAGAGCGAGCUUGUUCGAAGAGGUGCGGCAUGUCUAG